AUGUCCUUGAUCCAUGCUGACAACUUGGCUCCGCAGCCAUGGACCGACAUUUUCACAGACGAUACCUGCAUCGACCGACGCAAGUGUUACCGAAAGGUGCCAAUGAAAGUGCUCGGCCUAAGUGUUGGACGCACGGGAACAGCAUCUCUCCGUCAUGCAUUGGAAAGACUGGGAUAUCUUCAUACAUACCAUAUGAUGUGUGCCAGUGUCGAAAAUCCUCCAGACUGCUUGAUGUGGCUAGACGCUCUGAAUUGGAAGUAUGACGGCAUCGGCGAUUUUGGCCAACGAGAGUGGGAUCAACUACUCGGUCAUUGUCAGGCUGUGUGUGAUUGGCCUGCUUGUGCCUUUGCCAAAGAACUGAUUGAAGCGUACCCUCAUGCAAAGGUGAUCUUAACAACCCGCGACGUAGAUUCAUGGUAUGCGUCGGUUAUGAAGACAGUCUACUGGCGAGCCACGGACCCCGAACACAAAUUCGUCUCUCAAUUGAGCUGGGCCGCUAGUAUGUACUACCCAAUGCUAAACAAAUUCUUUGACACCUUCUUCCACGGCGACUUUGAGAAAUACGGGAAACAGGUUUAUUUAGAUCAUCUAGCUGAGGUCCGCAGCCUUGUGCCUCCGGACCGACUCCUCGAAUUUAGAAUCGACGAGGGCUGGGAACCAUUGUGCAACUUCCUCGGAGAAGAGGUUCCAGAUACCCCAUUUCCAAAUGGGAAUGAUAUGAAGAGCUUUUCGGAGCGAUGUCGGAGACGCAACCGCAGACAGCUAAUGAAUAGUGCCUUGCAUAUCUCUGUCCGUGUUGUUACUAUAGGUGGCGCUAUCCUAGUGGCAGGUGCAGGAAUGUACUACAACUUUCGACGUUAG